CGGGCUUAAGAUGAAACCACCACCGAUAUGCUCUCUCCAGUCCUCCAUGCCAGAGGCCUAGGCGCCCUAGGCCAUGGUGGAAGCGCUGACGGUCUUUAACAAUAUCUUGUCAGUGGUUUCGACCAUGUUUUCUUAUAUGAAAAGUUUGUUUAUUUUCGAGAGUACGAAUGAUUGUAUUUAUAAACAAAGAUAGUAAUCUGUUUUUUAUUUAAAAUAUGAAAAAUAAAAUAGUGACUUAUUUGCCAGCUGUUUCGCCAUCGCUUUCUCCUUGGAUAAUCGUAAUUUUGUCACUUUGUUUUCUCAACAGUUAUGACGGAAAUUUUGUUUUUGACGAUACCGAGGCUAUCGUCAAUAAUAUUGAUGUACGUGACACACCAUUCUGGGAUAUAUUUCAAAAUGACUUUUGGGGUACUAAAUUAUCCCACAAGCAAAGCCACAAAUCGUACAGACCUCUUACCAUCCUUAGUUUCAGAUUACAUUUUUGGUUACGACAAGACUUAGUUUCACAGGACUUUCAUAUUGUAAACAUAAUAUUACACAGUGUAAUUUGUUUACUAACUUUAUUCGUAUACAAUGUAUUUUUGGGGCCAGAAGGACAGAGUAUCUCAUUUUAUGCCACAGCUUUAUUCGCCGUUCAUCCAAUUCAUACAGAGGCUGUAUCUGGAAUUGUUGGACGUGCUGAAUUAUUAUGCAGUUUAUUUACAUGGCUAUCAAUUUUGUUGUACAGCCAUAUAAUACAUGCAAAAAAUAUAGUACGUGCAUGGGUUGCUAUGCCCAGUUUUGUUAUUUGUAUAACUGCAGCAAUGCUGUGUAAAGAAACUGGAAUCACUACAAUUGGUAUUUGUGCAAUAUAUGAUAUAGUUAUUGUGAACAAAAUAUAUCCAAUUGACAUAAUCAAAUUUUUUUCGUUUAAACACAUUAAUAAAAAUUUAAAUAACUUGAUUAAAUAUAAAAAUACUGUGUUACGACUUGCCGCACUUGUUUUCAUCGCAAUAAUACUCUUAUUUCUCAGAUUUAGUAUUAUGGGGUUUUCCACUCCAAAAUUUCAAUCAGUAGAUAAUCCAGCAUCUUUUAUGGAUAAUAUAUUGCUUCGUAUACUUAAUUAUAAUUAUAUCUAUUGCCUGAAUAUAUGGUUACUUAUAUGCCCCAUAUGGCUCUGUUUCGACUGGUCAAUGGGCUGUGUAUCUCUGAUCACUGGCUAUGAUUAUAGAACUUUUGUGGUCAUUAGUUCCUGGUUCAUGUUUGGAACGUUAAUUAUAUACACGUUUACCUCUUAUAAGGACAAGACUUUAAGAUACGUAAUUAUGGGACUUACAAUAUUGAUUUGUCCUUUUCUGCCAGCUAGUAAUAUUUUCUUCAAUGUUGGAUUUGUUUUGGCAGAGAGAGUAUUAUAUAUUCCUUCGGCGGGAUAUUGUUUAUUGGUUGUUAUAGGCUUACAGAAAUUUUCUGCCAGAUUUUCAUUGACUAAAACGUCGUUAUUAGCAUAUGCGAUGCUCAUUCUAUUAUUAUUUAUACGUUCUUGGAUAAGGAGUAGUCAGUGGAGAAAUGAGAAGUUACUUUUUCAAUCGGCAUUAGACGUAUGUCCUCUCAAUGCAAAAGUGCAUUACAAUAUCGCGAAAAAUGCUGCGGAUGCAGGAGACGUUCAUCUUGCCAAAUUGGAAUAUCAAGAAGCUUUACGAUUAAAUCCAAAAUAUGCUCAAGCUAUGAAUAAUCUUGGCAAUUUACUCAAGGAUGACGGGCAGCUUUUGGAAGCUGUAAGUUUGUUUAAACAAGCUGUUAAUUUACAGAAAGAUUUUUCUACGGCGUGGAUGAAUCUAGGUAUAGUUCAGUCAGCAUUGAAAAAAUAUGAGGAAUCAGAAGUGAGCUAUUUUAUGGCUCUACAACAUCGAUCAAAUUAUCCAGAUUGUUAUUAUAAUCUCGGUGUAUUGUAUCUGGAACGAAGACAAUACGAUAAAGCAUUGAAAGCUUGGAUAAACGCAACUAAACAAAAACCUACGCAUAAACGAGCAUGGACAAAUAUGAUACUACUAUUAGAUGAUUUAGAUAAGACAGAAGAAGCAUUAAAAAUGGCAAAUAAAGCUUUGAAAUUUAUUCCAAAUCAUGCUUCUAUCUAUUUUAAUAUUGCUAACAUUUUGGGGAAAAAAGGAAAAUACGAGGAAGCAGAAAUACAAUUUAAACAGGCGAUAUCGAAAGAUCCUACAGCUCCUAUGAUUUAUGCAAACUUAGGUGUUUUAUAUCAUCGUUCGAAUAAAUUAAAUGCAGCAGAGGAAAUGUAUAAGAAAGCACUACAAUUAAAGCCAGAUUUAUAUAGUGCAAAAGACAACUUGCAAAGAUUAUAUACAUUAAAGGCAUCAAUAAAAUGACAGAUACAAAAACUUUA